UCAGUCCUAAAACUAACAUUCUGUUCAUACCAAAACCUGGUGUGUGCAUAUUCAUGUUACAGAGGACUGCUUUAAAAGAAUUUGUAACUGCUACAAGUCUACACGUCUUUCCGCACCCACACCGUGACCGCCCCGUGUUCUCAGAGCAGCCCUGCCGCUUUCACUCAGCCGCCGCUCACUUUACUGCAGAGAACAAGGAAGAACCUCCUGGACUGCAGGAGCGGAGACUUUCACAAACAAAUGCGGACACAUCACUAUAUUUGGCCCACGUUCUGCAUGUCGUACUGAACAGUUUUAUUCUGCACAAGAUGUCCAGUCAGAACGGAUGUUACUAUAAUAUGCCGAUGGGUUUUUUUUACAACAGGACCAAUAAUACAAAUGAAAACUGGAAUUCCACUCAUCUUAUCACACUUCAGUGUGUGGGCUGCAUCGUCUGUUGCUUCAUCCUGUUGUCCAACACAAUGGUCAUCACUGCUGUGAUCACCAACAAACGGUUUCACUACGCAUUCUAUUAUCUUGUGGCCAACCUUGCCGCCUCAGACUUUCUUGCUGGGAUUGCGUAUAUACACCUCCUGUUCAACACGGGUCUAGUGUCCCAAACACUGACUGUGCAGAGGUACUUUCUUCGGCAGGGCCUGUUGGACACAAGCCUCUCGGCCUCACUUGCAAACCUGCUAGUGAUUGCUCUGGAGCGCUACAUCUCCGUCAUGAACUGGAAAGUACAUUCUAACCUUACAAAGCGGCGGGUAACCCUUUUAAUCGUGCUGGUUUGGUGUGUUUCCAUCUUUAUGGGUGCAGUACCAAUCCUGGGCUGGAACUGCAUCUGCAGCAUCGACCAGUGCUCUGUGCUGGGACCAAUCUUCAGCAGGAGCUACCUGAUCUUCUGGUCAGCAUUCAACCUGGGGCUGUUCUUCAUAAUGGUAGCCAUAUACUUAAAGAUAUACAUCUAUGUGAUGAGGAAAACGAAUGACUUAAAUAGCCAUACCAGUGCAUCUUUGAAACGCAAGAAGACACCAGUCAAGCUCAUAAAAACAGUGAUGACUGUAUUAGGGGUUUUUGUGAUCUGUUGGACACCUGGUCUUAUUGUGCUUCUCCUGGAUGGCUUAAAUUGUGAUAAAUGCCAUUUGCUGAAGUUUAAGCAUGGAUUGGUUCUUCUGGCUAUUCUCAACUCUGUGAUGAAUCCUAUCGUAUACUCUUAUAAGGAUGAUGAGAUGUGGUCCACCAUCAAGAAUUUGCUGCGAUGUGUCUGUAAUGGCACCCGUCGCCAGAGGUCAUCUAAGGCCAACACUCGUGCUGCCAGCUCAAGCACAGAAAUGAAUACAAGUCUACGUCUCAUGGAUGAUAAAAACACAACGCAGGACAUGCUGAAGACCUAAUAGCUCUGCUGUGUUACAUAGGCAUUCAUAUCCAGAGCAGUGAAUUUUCAUGUACAGUUUUGCAAAAAAAAAAUCCCACUGGUUCUUUGAAAUGAUGUGUUUUGUUAUUAGCAAAAGACUUAAACAAUCAUUACACCCUGUGAGAAAUGUUAGAAAGUAGAGCCCAAUAGCAGCUUUUUUUCUGUUUGACCUCAAUAAUAUGUUAGUUCUGUCCUUUCAGGUUUCUUUCUUUCUUUCUUUCUUUCUUUCUUUUAUUUAUUUAUUUUUUUAGUGUGACUUAGAAAUUGUAUACUAUGUCAACCUUAGGCCAGAGUUGACUUUUUAUUAUUAUUAUUAUUAUUAUUAUUAUUAUUAUUAUUAUUAUUAUUUAUAUGUGAGGUGCUUUAAGUCAUGUCUUUUUAAAAUAUGUCUCGCACUUUUUUAUAAUAUCUGUAAAAAUUAAAUGCACAAAUAUCCAGAA